UACAGUGAACAACUCUCUCGUGUGUGGCAGUUUGUACACAAGAAGGCUGAACUGUGGAGGAUCUGACUGCAGGGAUACUACCGCAAGCGAUUGAAGAUUGCAGACCGACGGUAGACAUCAAGUGCCAUUAAGCCGUAUGAUUUUGGUUUACUCUCGUGUAUAUGCUGUUAGAAAGUGCUUCAGUUUAUUAGAAACAUCGCAACCCUUACCUUGGCACGGUGUGUAAAUCAAGGCAAAGAGUAUCUGUUGUGUGAUUCGCGCUUUCGGUUAAUCAACAAAAUUAUCAGCCUCCUGAUAACGAUUUAUUUUUGAAUUGUGCUCAGCUUGAGCUUUAGGUGCAUACACGUGAGUUAAACGGCUCGUUUACACUGUUUAAUGUUUUAUCCAAAAAUGAGAAGAAUUAAUCAUUUUCGGUGCAAAAAAGGGUGAAGACGAAAAUUUUUUCAAAGCUGAAAAUUAGAUAAUUGGAUGCAAUUUGUUACUCCACAUCAGUAAAGCACAGGAGUUCAAUCAAAAGUAUAAUGUGUACUGAAGAUGAUGAGUUUAUAGAUGAAAAGCACAAGAAAAUAAUACAUGUGACAGAUGCUGAUGGAAGAGUUAAACUUAAAUAAUUGUUUAAUCCAGUGCCGAAUUCAAAUGUUUUUCUGAGAAUACUACGUUCAAGGUGCGAAAAAACGCGUAAUACAGCACAAGGAAAUGAAAGUUCCAAUGGAUGUUUAGUGAAUUUAGCGGACCACGGUAGUGCUAGACCCGUGUCAAGUGAAUUGAGAACAAAUAUUUGAAAUGUUCUACUAACCAACUCCUUGCCACUGCGCCUGGGACUGGCGUAUUAGUGAAAGUGCAAGAAAAAAGCGAUAACAAAAAGCAUCACAAGAAAAGCAGCCAACUCCGCGGAAAAGUUUCUUUUCCUAAUCAAUUUCUAAUCUAAUUACUUCGAGUGGUGUUUACAAAAGAUUUUUAUAUGUGUUUAUUAACCCGUUCGGAAAUAACUCCCGCAAUCUGGAUCGGUGGCUCUCUGUUCAGUAGCAUUAACGAAUGUGACAUUUUAUUAAUAAAAAAUAAAAAGGUACAAUGAGGCCAAACAAAUACGAUGUUACCACAGCUUACCGUCUAUGCCAAGAUUUUGUGCCUCCUGAUGGUGGUGAUGAUUGCGGGAGCAACACCCGAAUACAUGUAUCUUCAGUCGGCCUGCUCAUCAAAGUUUGUCCGGAUAGUGGCAAAAAAUGGCACUGUCUAUGCAGACGACAACGGACAAAGUGGUCGUCCACAAACUUUCACCAUAGAGGCGUUUCCGUUGCCGAAGAAAAAUUUCACUAUAGGAGUAGCGAUACGCUGCGAAGAAACCGAUAUGUACUUAUGCUUCGACAGAAACUGGAAAAUCAAAGGCAUGAAAAACAAAGGCAAUAUUGUGAAUCGAUCGCGCUGCCACUUUUACGAGACCCUCAAGAGAGGAUACUUUCGUUACCAGUCAGUCCUCAAUCAGACGAAAUAUGUAGGUUUUAUCGGCAGCGGUAAACCGAUCAACUAUAAGGUGAAGCGUCACAUCGACGAAAAGUGUUACAAUUUCCAGCGCACCAAUGCAUCCGCGCUUCCUUCGGUGUUUUUCGAGUACAACAACAGUCAAAGUACCGGUACAACUAAAGCAACCCAUUCGCACAGACACAAGCACGGUAUGGGAGGUGACCAGCAAAGGGCACGCGGUAAAUUCCAUGCACACCGAUCACAGAAUCUCGCUGACCAGGAAGCAGUAUCAUCACAGCAACCCAUGCCAUCGCAAUUUUCCUUCAUCAAUAAUACUGGUCGCCUGACGCGGUUGCUAACUUCCUCGGUGCCGUCUGAAAAAGCCUCACUGAUGAGCAAUGAGGUGCACACAAGCACUCAAAAGCCGGCUAAAACCGUAAGCACAAAGAAGCAAGUGAAGCCAAUGAAGCGGCAUGGAAAAACUAACAAGAAGGUUAUCUUAUACGAAAGCAGCAGCCGUAAUAGCAGUGUCAGACAUCAUCAUCACUAUGAUAAUAGGAAUAGCAAACCAGACAUUGUUCGUGCAACGCCAACUGCGUCUAAACUUUGAGGACAGCGUGCAGUUUCACCGACUGUUCGGGAGGACUCUGUGCUUUCACAUCUCUCUACUCUACCGAAAUAGAAGGAAACUUGUGCACUGCAUGGCACAGUAGAUCAUUGGCGGUAGUAUGACAAUGCCAACCAUGUUAUAAGGUUUACCUACACUUUAUCUCUCUGCUCAUCUCAAUAAUCCGUACACGCUUCCACGAAUGCAGAUUACUAGAGAUGAACAACUUUGUAUUAGAAUGUUACAAAACCGAGAAAGCUUUAUUAGAGUUAAAUUUGAACCUAAGCAUCAAUGCAUCCUAGAAGUUUAUUUAAGCAAGUAAUAACACAUGAUUUCCAAACCAAUUUAACAUCUAUGUCUUUGCUAAUCAACUCAAAAAGUAUUAAUCGCAAAAUGACUGAACUAAACUACUGACAUCCAGCAUACAGAAUGACGAAAUUCGCAAUUCUAAGACACAAUAUUUAACCAUGUACGAGCAUUAGAAAUUGCUGAGAGCUUUUAGAUGCCUUAAUCGUUGUAUAUUUGUACAACCCCGUAAUCAUAGAUCAAAAAUGACAGUCAUUGAAACACAUACAUAACAGUAACUCGUAAUUGGCGAAAAGCAUACGCGAUAAGGUCUAAAAGCAUCAUUUCAGUACAUUGAAUGUAUCUAUCGCUAGUCGUUCCUUCAAACUGUGAGCAAAAUAUGCAUUUUGAGCAUUUGUUACAACGCCGAUUUACGAAAAUGCUAGUAUAUUUUUGAUAUUUGGUUUGAUGAAAUCAGUUCCGUUUCAUGUAGGUACCUAGCAUCGAAUGUCUACAACGGGUCUUAGUCCAAUCUUCAACUGAAUUCCUGCUUUAAACCCAGUAACCAGCCUAUUGUUUGAAAUGUACAAAGUGCGAAUUUCUUGUUUAUAUAAUAUGUUCCGUUGUAAAUAGUGUAGAAAUAAUUAUGAUUGAGUUCAUUUUUCACUUAGCGUGCCAUUUUACGUUUUUCGCUUUAUUUCCAUUUGAAAUAAAUUAAAUACCUCUCGGAAAGAUGAAUACACUAAAUUCCGACGCUUUGACAACAACAAUAACCGCUGCUAAUGUGAACUUGCACAAAAAAUGUGACUUAAUAGUGUCUGUUAAUCGGUGUAUUUACGCGAGCAUGUUUAGAGCGCGACGCAACCAAAUGCUAUUUACAUUACAUAUAUUGAUAACAACCGUACAGUGAACAAUAGACUACAAACUAAGGGCGCCAGUUCCACAGCUUGUGCAAAACUAGAACAGAAGAAAUACUGACCAUACAAAAAUCUCAAAUAUUAUACGAAUCUCACUAAAGGCUCCCCUCCAAUGGUUAAGCAAUGCUGCAACCCUAGAUUCAGUGACCAUUAGGACUUCAGAAACAGAAACAUAAAUUAUUACACAAAACAAUGUAUGCACUUAAAUCGUAAAAAGUCGACGAAAGCAGAAGUAUUACACACUAUCAUUUUAUUGAGUCAUAAGAAAAAACACAUGAUUCUUCUCAUGCACAGAGUUUGGACAAAAUUGUCGAUAGUAUGUGUGUUGUUUAGGUUAAACAUUACUGCCAAAAGUAGAGCAACAAUUACAACAAUACUCUUCUCUAGGUUUGAGCCCCACUUAGUAAAUGAAAUAAAUCUUAAGACGGCCUAUGUUUCCCAAAUUGUUCCCAUACUCUUUAGGUUUAGUCAUCAUCAAUAAUUAAAAAGAGAUCCAUUCUGAUCGAUUCUAAAUUUAAUCCCAUGGAAACAGCUAUUCUUCUUCAAACAUUCCACUAGACGUAAUGAAAUAAGUCAUUGAUUUAAGAGUUGUACAGUUAUUUUGUUCUGAAGCUGUUGUAAGAACAUUGAUUUGCGUUUAUAUUUUUUGGUGUACAUACAUAUAAAAUUUUCCGACAGUUUUCGUUUGUACGGUAGCAGCAUCUUCCAAUUCAAUUCGUUUAGGCGUUCAAACCAAGAGUUUAAAAUCAGUAGAACAGCCGUAAUUUUUGUUUUUCUACAGCGCAACAUCAAGUGGGAAAAGCAAAUGAAAUUUAUUUCUAGUUUCCUCCGUGAAUUUCAGUAUGUUAUUGACUCGUUUUGGAAACAGAUAUUGCAGAUUAGCUGAUCGAUAGAAAUUUCACGAGCAGUACAGUAACCAAACAGUUAGGAGGGAACGAGCGAACAGAAUUUGCAUUGUUAUAAAUGUACAUUAUUAUAUAACUUUGAUUUUAGAAUAUGUUUAGGUUUUCCUUGAUAAUUACGGUUGAUAUCGACUUUUAGUGAGUAAGGUUACGAAUACAGAAUGUAGUAUUUGAACAAAAUGACAAAAUAAUAUCCUCUUUUUAAUAUUGAAUUGAGCCAACAGUGAAUGGUUCACAGUUUCAGUUUAACUUAUGAGUACACAUAAAAUAACAAGAUUAUUUAACAAUAAAUUAUAAU